AGUUGGAUCCCAAUCGAACAGCUGACAUACCUUCGGACCCGUUAGAUUUCCCCGAUCGCCCUGCAUAUGAUAUCAUAUCUCCCAUUACAGCGCUGCAGUUCAAUCAAACCGGUUUGUGGCCUCUCGACUUUUCGGUGGUCUCAGUUCACGUUCAUUUCCCAACCAGUCCAAUUGCUUUUAUUUUGCUUUUCGGCUGCCAACGAAAUCGUUUACAUCCACCCACCUCCAUCCUUUCAUUCAGUUCGGCCUGGGAAUAGCAGCAUGAAAAACGUUUUGGAUGUAAUGUCGUUGCAGCAGCACGUGGAGUCGAACAAGGCGCAGACCAUGAAGCCCAUCGACUAUCGCAAACUGAACAAACCCGGAGUGGUGCCGAUGUACAUCUUCGAGUGCGCUGCCAAGUUGAAAAUGAAACCACUGACGGCAGCCUGUGCGGCCAUAGUGUUCCAUCGUUUCUUCCGGGAGGUCAAGGCCAGUGACUACGAUGAGUUCCUCAUUGCCGCGUCCUCGCUGUACUUGGCUGGCAAAAUCAAGGAGGACGAAAGUGUCAAGAUACGCGAUGUCAUCAACGUGGCAUAUUGCACCCUGAACCGGGGCAAUGCUCCAUUGGACCUGAACGAUGAGUACUGGUCGAUGAGGGACGCCAUUGUCCAGGCCGAGCUACUCAUAACGCGCACCCUGGGCUUCGAUCUCAACAUAGAUCUGGCCCACAAGUACUUACUGCACUACAUGAAGACCCUGCAAGACUGGGUGGGCCCCGAGGUGUGGAACUCGGUGCCCAUCGCCAAGGCAGCAGCCUCCUAUCUGCAAGACUUUCACCACAGCGCCAAUAUCCUGAAGUACAAGCCCACCCAUGUGGCCAUAGGAUGCCUCUCACUGGCGCUCCAGACCUACGGCAUCCAGGUACCGCUCACCGACGAGUCCGACGAAUCCGCUAUGUGGUACAAGCCCUUGGUCAAGGACUUCACCAGAGAGAACCAGUGGGAAAUCAUCGAGAACGUGAUUGAAGUUUACAAGCAUGAGGCCUUCCUGAAGGCCGCCUAAUCCCUCCGAGACUGCCAAAACCAUUCCUUCUUCCAUCUGAACUUAUUUAUUUCCCCUCGCACCUCAUAAACCAAUCUCAGAUUUUACUAGACCUAUGCUCAAAUGUCCAUUGCAUUUACAUGCCCUUGCCAAAACAAAUAAAUCUACCGGGAAUGAAAUGCUUAUGUGCUCGGAGGGCGAGAGUACUUUUACCUAUCACCGGAGACGAUAGAUCUAUUCCUUAUUUACUUAUUUAUACAAUGAUUCAAUAAACGAUUGUUCACUGGGUCUAUAAGAUUAUAAAGUAUUUUAAGAUUGUUGGUUUUGUCGCAUUUAUUACAGCAUUUAAUAAAAGAAAAAAUUUAUAAAUUUA